GGACAAUGGCAGAGAAGAAACGCCUCUCUGUGCAUGUGUGGAUGUGACCUUAGCGACUGUGGCAAACUGUCACCAGUCAGAGCAGUGGACACUGAAAUACCUCCAACAGGACCUCCAGCGUCUGGUUUGGCUUUGGGAUAUUUGACAAUCCUCUCAGAAACUUGGAACUCUUUCUGUUUUUCAUUUCUUGCUGGAUUUCUUUAUGGUUAUGUGCGGAUUUAUGAUGGAGACUUAAAAUGGUGAGGAAGAAAAAGCUGCUGGUGUUUGAAAUUUGUGGAAGCAUGAUGUGGGAUGGAUAAACAACAACAAAACUCCACUAUGGCCUCUAAUGACCCUGACCUUCCUGACCCCUCUGCUGACCCCCAGCCUGGUGACCUCAUUGAGAUCUUCAGACCAGCCUAUCAGCACUGGGCUCUCUACCUGGGAGAUGGUUACAUCAUCAACUUAACUCCCGUUGAUGAGAGCCAGGCAGCCGCCAUGUCCAGUGUGAAAUCCGUCUUCAGCCGGAAGGCAGUGGUGCGCAUGCAGCUGCUGAAGGAGGUGGUGGGAAGCGACUCGUACUGUGUAAACAACAAGUACGACCACAACCACACACCCCUGCCCAUCUCGGAAAUCAUUCAGCGAGCUCAAGUCCUCAUUGGCCAGGAGGUGUCUUACGACCUGCUGGGGAGCAACUGCGAGCACUUUGUUACUCUUCUGCGCUACGGGGAGGGGGUGUCCGAGCAGGCUACACGGGCCAUUGGGGCUAUCAGUUUGGUGACGGCAGCAGCCAGUGCCUUCUCUGUCCUCGGACUGAUCAACACACGUUCCAGAAACAGGCCUUUCUGACAGCUGUGUUCUUCACUGAAGGGUGUCUCCCAUCAUCCAUGCGGCUGUGUAUAAAAAUGAU